CAUGGACGUCAGCUGGAAUGACGGUGAAACGCAACACGCCUCUUUGCGAUAUGUAAAAGACGUGUUAAUUGCCCAUCCAUUUGAGGGGUUCGAGAGAAGCGCGACGCGACAACUUGUAUAUAUAAGAAACUAAACCACACGACCGUCCAACCCAGCCCAGCCCAAAAGGACAAGAUGAAACUCCUCCUGACAGCACUCCUCCUCGUUCCCGCACUGGCCCACCUCCCACAGCCAGCCAAGACCGGCGCCAUCAGUGCAGACCGCCCCUGCGGCUUCAAGAUGGCCCCCUGCCCGGUGGACAGCACCUGUUCCGCCAUGGACCCAGCCUGCCCCGCCACGCGCGGCGAGAACUGCCCGGGCCGGUGCGUGGUGGCCACGACGGUGACGCGCCCGCGGCCAUCCAGCCCGACGCGGCCGGCCGUCUCCAAGCCCACGGCGGACGACGGGCCAAAACCCCCCAUCCACACCAGGACGCCGCGGCCGACGCGCAGCACGCCGCAGCAGUCGCAGCCGCCGCCCACCCCUGCUCCGACGCGCACGCGGAGCUACGACGACUGCGGCGGCUUCCGGCCGACGCCCAAGAGCUGCGCGCGCGGGCAGGUGUGCAUCGAUGACCCCUACGCCGGCGGCUGCGGCAUGGCCUGCGACAUGCCGGGGAUAUGCGUGGAGCCGACGUUUUGCGGCGGCUUGGCCAACGUCCAGUGCGCCGACGGCAAGAUGUGCGUCGACGACAAUAGGGACGAUUGCGAUCCUGAGAAUGGUGGGCGGGACUGUGGUGGCAUUUGUGUUUAA